AUGCCGUAUCACAUUAACUUGAAAGGCUCAUCCAUUUCUUUGACCUUUGGCAAUGACCACUGUCUUCCCUGUGCUUGGAACAAGCUUAGAAAGGAAAACUUGAGUGUCGUCCCUUUUCGCCUUCCCAGGGGGACGAGGACGGGGACGCUUCUCAUUAAGGCUGUUGCUACCUUUGAACUAAAGAUUUUGCCUCACAAACGAGACGAAUGCACACACUCCACUGACUUGCACCUUGCUAUUGCCAACUCAGCACCAGGGUUUCACCUUGACUCUUCUGAUGAAGAAUCACAAGAGCUUGACGAGAGGGAGAAAUUGAGAAGAAUGAGAAUUUCCAAAGCUAAUAAAGGAAACACCCCAUGGAACAAAGGAAGAAAGCAUAGUCCUGAAACUUUGCGCAAAAUCAGGGAAAGAACAAGGCUUGCAAUGCAGAAUCCUAAGGUGAUGUCAUAUAAAAAUGAUGGUAGUGGUGAGACUUUGGCUCAAGAAAUAUAUGGAAGAAGGAAAACAAAAGACAUUGAUUUAGAGGGGUUAAAAGAAGAUAAAGAUUCAAAGGAAAGGAAAGGCUUUCAUCUUGAUACAUUCUUUCGCUAUCUCUUAGGUGAUGAUAAUGGCCCUCUUCUUCAGGUUGGUCAUGACAUGAGAAGCCCACUGGCCCAUUAUUUCUUAUACACGGGCCAUAACUCCUACUUAACAGGUAAUUAAUUUAGUAGUAAUAGCAGCACUGCCCCAAUUAUAAAGGCACUCAAGAAAAGUGUUAAAAGAGUUAUCGAACUUGAUCUGUGGCCUAACUCCACUGGUAAUUCUGUUGAAGUUCGUCAUGGAAGGACUCUAACUAGUCCGCUGAAACUGAGAGCUUGUUUGAAAGCAAUUAAAGAAUAUGCAUUUUAUGCUUCUAAUAAGUAUCCUGUUGUUAUAACUUUUGAAGACCAUAUAACUCCACCUCUCCAAGCUAAAGUUGCCAAGGUAGGCCAGAGAAAGAUCAUGAGAGAGUAGCUUCAAGUUUCUUUGAAUUUUGUUGCUGUUGAUAGAGAGAGAAAAAAAAGAGAACGGUUUAUAAAAUUUGUGUCUCACCACUACAUGACGGAACCAGGCCUAUAAAAUAUACAUUGAAUUGUAAAUAUAGAUAUAUUUGCAAAUAUACAAACAUCGACAUUUAUCCUAAAUACAUGAGUUGGGGUUCUAAUUAUUGUACCUAUAGAUUUUGACAGUUAAGCUGGGGAUAUUGUUUGUGUUUAUGUCACAUGAGCUAUUUUGAUUUGCA